GCCCGUCACUGCAAGCCCCGCCUUCCUCAGAGGAGCAUUCAUACCUCUGCGUCUGUCCCGGUAAACAAGAAACUUCAACACCCCCAGACUCCAAAAUGAUCAACUGGAAGGCUCUGGAUAACGUCCCCCUCCUCCUGUACAUCCUGGCCCUGAAGACACUGGUGUUGUGUUUGGGGUUUGCCGGAGUGAAAAUCUACCAAAGUAACAAAUUGGACAAGCAGCUGAAGAAGCAGGAGGAGGAGAAGAAGCAGCUCGCCCAGCAGACCCAGGAUCUCAUAGACAACAAGAAGGACGACUGAGCAGAGGAGCUGCUGGACCGAGGGAAACAUGCCGUUGACCCGAUGGAGCGGCCCCCUGCUCCACACAUGAGCACGAUGCCUGGGGUCUGGCCACAGGAGGAGCUUCCUGUGCUUCAUUGUAGUUCUGGUAUCAUUUAGGGUCGUUUUGAAAUAAAUCAAUAAAAUAGCAGCCGAAACCAUGCGGUCUCCGUGAAGCGAGACUCGCUGAGGGGCGUAUUGGUGUAUUUUGUACAGAGAUGAACUCUGAAGGCACCACAGCAGGCUCAGCGUCCACUCUUCAUUUCACAAACUCUUCUCUGGGCCUCGUCUUCUGCCGUGUUUAUACUUCCAUCCAUCUCAACAUUUUACAUAAACUUCACUUUUUUGUCACACAAGAAUAGUGGAUGGUAGUCGGGUCUGCUUUAUUUUCAAGAAUACAGCGUGGUAUUUAUUCUGUGAUAUUCCUUGUGGAUUAUGAAUCAACUGUCAAACUUUUGUAAUUAUAUUAAAUGGUUUGUGCCUGACGCUACAA